CUUUUCUUCCCCAGAAUUCGAGGUAACAUUUGAAUGACAGCAACGCAUGUACGUCAGAACUGAAACACAAUGUCAAGCUCGGUCGUAAUGGAGGCUGAACGAGUACCUCGGCGCCUUCCACCUCCAAACCGACGCCGAGACAAGACUCGGUUCUCGUGUCAUACAUGCCACCGUCGCAAGUUAAAGUGCGAUCGCAAACAGCCGUGCGCCAGAUGCGUGAAGAGCGGCUGCGGUAUAUCCUGCACCUACGUGGGUAGUUUCCUAUCUACAGGGGUAUCCCCAAGCUGUCGCCCCCUCGCCCCAUUGUCUGCGGAGCAACCAGUGGUUCAUGACACCUAUCAGAGGCAAGCAAGCCCAACGACGAAUGAUCUUGAAGCCUCGAUUCCAUCACCGGCCAUAGCCCUAAGUGAUCUUGUCUCGGAUCUUCGCGGAAACUUGGACCUUGGCAACUCAGAAAGCGGCUAUAAGGCUACAUCUCACUGGACUUCGAUAUUGAACGACGUCAGAGAGGUUGAGGAAACCCCUGCUCUGUCCGGUGACAGGAGAUUGGAUGCAGUGACAACGGAUCAGGAUUCAAGCCUGACGCCGAAUGUUCUCCUCCUCCAAGGCUGUAGACAGGCAAGUAAAGAAGAGAUACUCGCCUCUCUGCCUCGCCGCGCGGUCGCCGAUCGUCUCGUGGCUCAUUAUUUUGCCGCCACCGAAUUCAGUCUUUGUAUCCUUCACAAGGUCGAGUUUUUGAAACAGUAUGACAAGUUCUGGAAGAGUCCUACUUCUUUCCCUGUGUCUUGGUUGGGCUUGCUGUUCAGCAUCUUCUGUCUCUCAAUACAGUUCCAAAACCCUGAAAUCCGUCUGCCGCCAGCCUCUGAAUCGAUUACCGGGCCCAAAGCGAGCGUGUCAGCUCUUAUACAACAGCAUCGUGAAAGAAUUGUCCAGUGUUUGGUCCUCGCAAAAUACGGCAGAGGCGGUCCUUUCACAGUUGAGACAUUGCUUCACUACUUGAUGGCCGAGACUUCCCUUAGACAUGAUUCCGAUAUGGAACUCUGGCUAGUUCUCGGAACAUUGGUGCAAAUUGCUAUCAAAAUGGGAUAUCACCGCGAUCCCGACAACUUUACAAGCCUCUCUGCAUUUCAGGGCGAAAUGCGGCGGCGGGUGUGGUCGACCAUCUAUCAAGCAGAUAUGAGCGUCUCUACUCAAUUGGGAUUACCAAGGAUCAUUAAGGACGCGAUAUCAGACACUCUCCAACCAUCCAAUCUCUUAGAUUCCGACUUCAGUGCGAGCUCAGACGUGCUUCCCUGUACACGUACAGAUCAAGAGGUGACCCCAGCACUGAUUUUGACCUCAAAAUACAGGAUCAUGUCGGUUUUCAGCACUAUAUUGGACCUAAUUACGGAUUUCCAAACAACUUCGUACGCAGCUAUCCAACAAAUUGACUCGAGACUAAACGCGAACUUUGCGAGUAUUCCAGAGUCUUGCAAGUACCGGUCGCUAUCUCUCUCCAUUAUGGAUCCACCUACGUUGAUAUUUCAGAGACUAUACAUCCAAAUCCUCUAUCACAGAGCUCAAAUUAUUCUGCAUCUGAGAUACUUUGCAAUGGCUCGAGAUUCCCGCCCUUACGAGCAGUCGAGACGGAUUGCGGUCGGAGCUGCCUUGUCGAUUCUCCACCAUCAUCAGCUCAUCGAUGAAGAAAGCCAACCAGGAGGCCGACUUGGUUCCCACGUCAUCCAAUCACCUUUCAUGAGCCAUGAAUUCUUACUUGCUACGAGUGUAAUCUGCUUUUAUGUCCAUCAUUUCAAAGGGCAGAUUGAACCAGCAAAGCUUGAUGAAAUUAUAGACGUUUCAAAAAAAACAGAAACUAUCUGGUGUCGCACCAGAGCGGAUUCGACUGAGUCGAUGAAAGCUUCAAAGGCGCUCCGUAUAGUCAUCGAUGAAAUUGAAAGGAACAAAGGUGCCGAUCGUGAUACUACGGCCGAUGGCAUAGAGCAAGUAACGGGAAUGGAGGAUACAUUAAGUAAGCAUUCAAGCCCUCCUUAAAGAAGCGAAGCUAAAUUAAUGGUGUAUUUGAAGACUUGUUGCCGCAUUUUGGGUUGCCUCUAUCAUGGUUUGAUGCGAAUUCGACUUUUGACAUUGAUUAUAACUUCUUUGGUCGUUAAGUCAUGCCAUUUAUCAACUAUAAUUAUGUGAGAGUAUAGGUGCGAGUAAUUGAUAUUGAUAUACAUGGCAACGAGACUGUGAUACAAAGAGCCUCCAGAAUCACGAGCUGUAAAGUUGAUAUAGGCUAGUAAUAUGUCUUGUUCAAGAAAUCUACUCUAGGUGGAAAUUAUUGGAUAUUCCCACAUACGUGCCUUUGUGACAGGUGGAGUAGACAAUAAGCACCAGGAAAUGAUGUGGAAUUAUCUGGGCCCAAGAAUACUCGCACCGCGGGGUCAGUAUCGGGUAAACUCUUGCUCACGAAAUCCUGUUUGCCCCGUG